AUGAGCAAACAAAGUUUUAACGAUUUCUUCAACAAAGUUGAUACAGACGACACUUUACAAAACAUUAGAAAAGAAUACUUGGCCUCGAAGAAAAAUCUGCACGAACUCAUAAGUGCGAGUCCCACUCGAAUCACGGCAAAACCUGUUGUGAGAAGCACGCAACUGCCAACGCCACCUGGCAAUAUCAAUGACUUAGAGAGAGAUGAAAGACUGAGAAGACAACUGCACGACACAAAUCAGCCAAGACAGCCAGAUACAGGACAUUCAGAGCAGUUCAGUCGACUGGAAAGCCUGAUAGUAGAACAACAGCGACAGCUUGACCGGCUGAGAUACCAGCUUGAUCAAUACGAAAUUACGAAUAGGGCACUUCGAGAACGAACGUACGCUGUGGAGCACGAACUUCGACAAUUGAGGUAUACCGGUAGCCUUUCAAUUGAUUCCUACCCUCGGCGAGAAACCAGGACCGCAGAAUCUCGGGUUCGAGACAAUGAGAUUGGUGAUCUAGAUUUUGAUAAUACAAAGGCCUUACUGAGUUCUUCGCGGAUCGAGAAAUCUCAACGAAGACAAUUCUCUAAUCUCGACGACAGCACAACCAGAAUUUUACAAAUGACCAAAAAUCCACAAGAGUUUUAA